AUGCAUAUCCUAGACUUUCCACCAGAGUUGAUCCACAUGCUGCUUUACCACAUGGCACUAUCCCGUGGCGUUACCCGAGCUCUUAGGUUGCGCCUUCCUGCUCUAUUCGAAACGCGUCUUCUCGAUAAAUUCCAAUAUGGCCAGGUCAAUUAUAUCCAUGAUCGCAACACCGAACACAUGAGUGAUUGGUAUAUGCGAGAACACCAUGGCGCCGAGGAUUUUUGGCACUCCUAUAUUGCGUACCGGGUCCGAAACGAAGGCGACCCACAAGUCGGCCGGCUGGUCAAGAUUCGACAAAUUGCGGAAGCGUACUGCAGCAAGACGGGGUCAACUGACUUGGCCGGCACCAUCGACACUCUUUGCUGGAUGGCGCUCGAGCGAGCUGCCAGAUGCCCUGUUCGCGCCAAUAUGUAUGUGCUGAACCCCUAUCGGUUUGACUCUGAGCGGGGCCCGGUCCCGGAUCCCGGCGUCAGCCUCUUAAGCGUAGCGGCAUAUCUUGGCAACUUGUCGCUGGCCAAAGAAUUGUUGGAGGAGGGCCACUGCCCGGAAGAUACCAACGAGCUCUUCGACGAGCCCCUGCGCCUUGCCGCUUGGGCGGGCCACGCCGACAUCUUGAAGCUGUUCCAGGAGCAGCUGCCCGAGUACGAAUGCUAUGGUACGGGAAUCAAGCAAUGGCGGGCGAAAACCGGACCUGGUGCCAUUGGUGCCAUCACAGGAGCUGCAAUUCGUGGGGAUUUGGACAUGCUCCGUCUGGCCAUAUACCCCCCUUCACGGAUUCAACCGGGCACCUCUGACUUUGCCGGUUUCCCAUACGGACAGGUUGUUGUGGAGGACCCGUACGACUAA